CGCUAGAACGCGUCGACUCGGUUUGUUUACGUUUUUUCCCGCGGGAAGGUGCACGUGUGGGCGGCGUUCAAAAAGAUCUACGUUUAUUUCACGUUCCUGACCUCGCCCGCCUUUAAAACUGUGUGAAGAAGCUGAGCAGCGUCUCCCUGGCCUGGGCGUGGAGUGAGCUGGUCCCCUCAUCACCAGCACCAUAGACCAGGGGAUGAGGUGCUCCUGGCCCUCCACCACCACCACCUGGGUGCCGGCACACCCUCCUGGGCGGACCAGAGGAUGUCCACUAUGCUGUGUUCCUGUGACCACGAGUACCACAAGAACACCGCUGUGCUCCCUGUGGAAGACUGUGACCUGCCCACCAUCAUGGCCGGAGGUCACCAGGAGCAACACAGCACCAGGAGCCCGGCAGCCAAGAAGUGGGAUGACUUUGAGUGUUACGAGGAGGAAAACAGCCAAGAAGUGGGAUGACUUUGAGUGUUACGAGGAGGAAAACAGCCAAGAAGUGGGAUGACUUUGAGUGUUAUGAGGAGGAAAACAGCCAAGAAGUGGGAUGACUUUGAGUGUUACGAGGAGGAAAACAGCCAAGAAGUGGGAUGACUUUGAGUGUUACGAGGAGGAAAACAGCCAAGAAGUGGGAUGACUUUGAGUGUUACGAGGAGGAAAACAGCCAAGAAGUGGGAUGACUUUGAGUGUUAUGAGGAGGAAAACAGCCAUGAAGUGGGAUGACUUUGAGUGUUAUGAGGAGGAAAACAGCCAUGAAGUGGGAUGACUUUGAGUGUUACGAGGAGGAAAACAGCCAAGAAGUGGGAUGACUUUGAGUGUUACGAGGAGGAAAACAGCCAAGAAGUGGGACGACUUUGAGUGUUACGAGGAGGAAAACAGCCAAGAAGUGGGAUGACUUUGAGUGUUACGAGGACGAGAGCAAGACCAGUGAGGCGGAGGGCUGUGACGGGGCGGACCACCCCAUGCCCGCCCAGCACUUCCAGCUCCCACUCGGAACAGGAAAAAAAAUGUCUGGAGUGCAAGGAGGAGUUUUCCAUGAAGAAGGCCGCCCUGAGCCACCGCUGCCACCAGACUAAGAGGAAGGAGUGUGAGAAAGUGACCUACUCCUGCAAGGGCUGCCUGCGUAGGUUCCUGCUGCGGAGGGAGUACUUGAAGCAUGCCGACGCCUGCUGCAAGAACACCUGUAAUCUGUGCCUGGUAAAGUUACCCAGUGCUGCUUACCUGCCUGGCCACCUGGCUGCCCUGAAGCCUCCUCUCAGCAAGGGCAGCACCUUGUGUGAGGCGUGUGGCCGAGGGUUCAGCAGGAAGGAGGCGCUCCAGCGGCAUGAGGCGAGAGUCCACGGGAAGGCCCACGGCAGCCACCAGUGUGGCCGCACCUUUCCCCACACCUCCCUGCUGGCCGAGCACCUCAGGCCACACCAGGGAUGCACUUGUCCGGAAUGUUCCAAGGUGUUCAGCUGCAGAUCCAACCUCACGCUGCACCGCCGGGCCCACCGCAUGCGCCUACCACUGCACCGCCUGCAACAAACACUGGAAGUUCCACGCCAGCUACACCUACCACAUGAAGAAGUUCCACGGGAGCAGCGGUGUGGUGGGUGCCGGGCGGUGGUGUGCUCUGCGUCAGCACUCCCUGACCUGCCGCGUCCACCACACUCAGAGCACAGGGCAGGAGGCAGCUUUGGAAGACAUGCAGGGGGUGGCAGGGAGGUCAUGAAGCCACUCCCUAACAGUGCACCAGGUUGUGGCUCCCUGCUCAGCCCUGCCCACCUCAGCAAGCAAGGAACUGACAGCCUUGUCCUGCUGUCAGAGAUGAGGAAGAUUCAAGUGUACCCACCUCCAAACACCUCCCACCAGGCGCCUCCUGCGGGGGAGAUCAUUGUGGAGGUGUUGGAGGACACGGAUGCAGAGUACCAGUACAUCAUCUUGGUGGAGGACGCUGCCGUGGCCCACUUCACCAUGACGGACACUGCUGCCAUAUGGAACACCUCAGGCCGCCAGUGUAAGUGUUCUCUGUCAGUGUUGUAGUUAGGUUAGGUUAAGUUUAGGGUAUCUUCAAACACAUGAUAGCCAGCACCUUAUGGUAUUAAUCAACAAAGAAUAGCCUCACUUUGUUGUAUAGAAAGUGGGUGCUCAUCACCCUGGCAUCUGUAUCUGUCACCUCAGUUCUUGAGCCUGUGGUGGGUAAGAGCUUGGUACCCAGAGGUACUGCUAGUGUGACAUCCAGGUCACCACAGUUUACCUUCUCUAGAUUUUCCCAGGUGCUCAUUUCCUGACCUUCCUGAAAGGGGAGCAUGAAGAGUUUGGUAGGCUGGGCGCCGACUGCCCCAGGCUGGGAUUGAACCCAGGCCUGCUGGCUCAUAGCUAGGCAUGCCAACCACUGCACUGCUAAGGUGCCACUAAGUAGGCAAGGGUAAGAAUAAGCAGCAAAUUAUCACCAUAUCUCUAAUACUUGGUUUUAUUCAAGAAAACUACAAAAUUGGUCAUCUGUAUAAAUGAGUAUAUCAUAACAAUAACCUUUAUAGAAUAUACAUAAAGGAAACUUAAAUGGCAAAAGAAUUGUUUAGCAUCAGUUAUUCUGGCCCCAGUGAUGCCUUGUAGCACAUGCCUCUCUGUGUCCUCUUUAGAAGUCCAGUAGUCGUGUAAUGCCGGGAUGUGAAGGCCGGAGAAGAAACUUAGAAGUAUAAGGAAAAGACGUAGCUUAAGUCAUUAUAAGUGAUUACAAGUAGUUGUAAGUGAGCAUAAGUAGUUGUAAGUAAUUAUAAGUCACUGUAAGGCCAUCAUAGAUGUGUAAGAAAAUGUAAGUAGGUAUUCUUGAUCACAACCUAUAACAGAGUACCCCCCCCCCCCCUCAGACUACAAUUACACAAUAUUGCGCAAUGCCACGCCAAGACUUCCCGCCAGAGAACUUAGCGUCUGUCGCCCCUCCCUUUCCCCCCUUCCCCCUACCAGCCCACGCACCUCGGAAUUGUUACCAGCCCUUGCUUGUCAAUCCCCUAUCAGUUAAAGUCAUCCACCCUUACAUAGAUUUUUUCCGCUGCUCCACAUGAAAUUUCAUCACCUUGCACGUUAAGUGACCGUACCCAUAUAUAAACUACCCUAGUUUUCCCUUCAUUUUGAAUUAAAACGUGAUAGAUUAUAAAUCAGCUACUUGGCCCCCUUGUCUGUGCAAUGGGGCUGCCCCAGGACGGGUAUAAAAACAUGGGGCAGCGUUUCCCGGGCAGACUCCAGGCUCAUCCACUGUGUUUUACAGGUCCGGGCGACCCACUCCUUCUGCCACACACACACACACCCCACACACACCUACACGAACCCGUGUAUCCAUCCCGAUGUGUUCUUUUAGUUGUUAAUCUCAAUAUUUCUCUUCUUUCCGCGGUAGGAGCUGUAGGAGAGAGCCCUGUAUGCAUUCUUGGAGCCAUACCAGGGGUAGGAAACGGGGAGUUGAGUCCCCCUUACAAUUCCCUCCUGUACUCCUAUUGCGGGAAGAAUUGUGGGAGUAUAUAGGCCAGUAAUCUGUGCUUUAUCUGUAGUGUAAGACGUGUUAGUGAAAUAAGAGGCUGUAUGUUUUGUCUUUACGACGGAGAUGGGUCUCGUCUUGUACGGGCUUUCCCAGAAAUGUAACGUUCCCCCUCUCUGAGUCUCUUUCAUACAUCAUAUGUACCUGGUUUUACAAUAAUUGUACACCCGCACAAGGGUAAAGAUUUCGUGGAGAAUCCUCAGCCUUAUUCUGGUUACCAUUGUGAGAGGAGAAAACUAGAAAUCAGUCGUGUGUCCAUUCGCCCAUUUCCGUCAGUUUUGGGUAAAUCGUGCCUUCAAUGAGGAAUUAAUUGUAAACCGUGUCGCCAGGCAUGCCUAUGUAUUACCUUCUAAACUAAGUCACAGGAAUAAAUGUAAGCACUCCUAUAUAUAGGCCUUUAUUUCUUGUCACUCCCCAUUGUGAGAUUUGUCCGGCCGGCUGUGAGUUAAACUAACCAUUUACCGCCCCCGAGUCUGCCCCGCUCACCUCGCUACUCUGCCCAAGGGAUCAGAGUCUCACUCUGGGUCAUUUUAAUCCCUCAUUAAAUCCUUAGUCCUUUAUAUACACAUACUCUUAAGGUUCCCAGUGAGCUACCAGUGACAUAGUUCAUCGGUAGAUCUCUGGGUGGUGGCAGCAAAACUACCCCUAGGGUGAGUCCCCCUUGUUUUUCCCCAGAUAUCCAUUAGUUGAACUUCCUUUUUUUUUACAUCAUUUAGUGCCCCGAAUUUCCGGGCACGACAGUCAGUAGUCAGAAGUGUGGUACAAAUAGACAGAGGAGCAGCUUUUUUGACAUUCAGCAAGUCUUCUGUUCCAGAAUAUUUGCACCCAAUAGCUGCCACACCAUUACCAUUUAAGUAAUACUUGACACCAUGAGUGGUUAGGUUGGGAAACUGGCCCUUGAGCUCUGGCACACUUCAGGUUAUUGACUGAUGGUGGUAUUGAGAGAGAAGGGUGACAAUAAUUUCUUCCCUUUGAAUGGUCCUUACAGAUGUUGUCUAUUGUCUGGUACUGUUGUCCUGAUCAGCACUGGUGACAGGACAUGUAGACGAAGCUAAUACUCAUUCUUGAGCUUGUAAGAUCUCUUCCAUA